AAUCUAGCAUAAAUGACUAACAAUUCAUCGUGUAUUCAACCAUCCAUGAUCUCUUCCAUGGCUUUGCCAAUUAUUUAUACCUUCCUUUGCAUCGUGGGUCUCUUUGGAAACUCUCUCUCUCAAUGGGUAUUUUUAAUGAAGAUAAACAAGAAAACCUCAACCCACAUCUACCUAGUACAUCUUGUGACUGCAAACUUACUUGUGUGCAGCACCAUGCCUUUCAUGGUUAUGUAUUUCCUGAAAAGUUUUCAAUGGGAAUACCAAUCUGCACAAUGCAGGGUGGUUAAUUUCCUGGGGACCUUAGCCAUGCAUGUAAGUAUGUUUGUCAGCCUCUUAAUUUUAAGUUGGAUUGCCAUAAGCCGCUACGCUACUUUAAUGAAAAUGGAUUCUACACAAGAGGCUACUUCAUGCUACGAGAAAAUAUUUUAUGGCCAUUUACUGAAAAAAUUUCGCCAGCCCGAUUUUGCCAGAAAACUAUGCAUUUACAUAUGGGGAGUUGUACUGGUUGUAAUUCUUCCAGUUAGUAUAUACUACUCAGUUGUGGAGGCUACAGAAGGAGAAGAAGACCUGUGCUAUAAUCAACAGAUAGAACUAGGAGCUAUGAUCUCUCAGAUUGCAAGUCUCAUUGGAACCACAUUUAUUGGGUUGUCAUUUUUAGUAGUACUAAUGUCCUACUACUCUUUUGUCAGCUAUCUGAGAAAAAUAAGGACUUGUAUAUCUAUUACUGGGAAAGAUCGGAUUUACAGUUCUGUGAAGAGGCAUCUUUUGGUCAUCCAAAUUCUACUGAUAAUUUGCUUCCUUCCAUAUAGUAUUUUUAAGCCCAUAUUUUAUGUUCUACACCAAAGAGAGAACUGUCAGCAAUUGAAUUAUUUAAUAGAAAUAAAAAACAUCCUCACUUGUCUUGCUUCAGCCAGAAGUAGCACAGACCCCAUUGUAUUUCUUUUAUUAGAUAAAAAAUUUAAGAAGACACUGUAUAAUCUAUUUACAAGAUCUGAUUCACCACAUAUGCAACCAUAUGGUUGACUUCUGAAU